AUGGGUGCGAACUACUUCGGCCAGACGGGCAAUGCCCUGAGCGUUAUCCAGAUCGCUCUCGUUGUCUGCCCGGCCUUCAUCCUCUUCGGAUACAACCAGGCUGGCCUCGGUGGUCUCCUCACUACUGAGGAUUGGGUCAAGACCUUCCCUCAGAUCGAUACCGUCAACACCACCGGCGAGACCAAGAACGCCAACUCAACUCUCCAGGGUUUUGUUGUUGCUACUUUCACUAUUGGUGCCCUCUUUGGCUCUCUCUCAUGCUCCUGGUCUGGUAAUGCUUUCGGACGACGCAAUGUCAUCUUCUUCGCCGGUGUCUGCACUCUCAUCGGAGAGAUCCUCGAGUGUGCUUCCUUCCACCUGGCACAGCUUAUCGUCGGUCGCCUCAUCGUUGGUCUCGGAGUUGGUCAGCUCAGUUCUAUUGUGCCCGUGUGGCAGAGUGAGACUUCCGGCGCCAAGAACCGUGGUCGCCAGGUCGUCCUGACUGGUCUCUUUACCUGCGUCGGUUACGUUUUGGAGAGCUGGAUUAACCUUGGUUUCUGGGAGUUCAAGACUGGCCCCGUCACAUGGCGUCCCCCUAUCGCGAUUGCCAUUCUCUUCUCCUUGAUGCUGAUGGGUAGCAUCUACUUCCUUCCCGAGUCGCCCAGAUGGCUCGUCAUGAAGGCUCGCUCCGCCGAGGCCCGUUCCAUCAUCGCCGCUUUCCGUGGCUUGCCUGAGGACUCUCUUGAAGUCCAGGCCGAGGUUGCUGGUAUCGAGCAUUCUCUCGAGGAGACCACGCAGAACGCCGCCAAGCUCUCCGAUAUGCUCAAGAUGGGCGAUGACAAGCUCGCCUACCGAUUCGGACUCUGCAUCCUGCUCCAGUUCUACCAGCAGAUGUCGGGAAGCAACCUCGUUUCCGUGUACGCUCCCAUCCUGUUCCAGCAGAACUUGGGCAUGGAGGCCGAGCAGUCCAAGGCCCUCGCUGGAGGUGCCCUGACCUGGAAGUUCCUCUCGUCGUUCCUAGCCUUCUUCGCCAUUGAUCGAUUCGGUCGCCGUGCUGUCUUCAUCUUCAGCGGUUUCGGAAUGGCUGCCUGCAUGACCUGCUUGGCCAUCACCACAUCCUUCCCCAAGGACAACACCGCUGCCCAGAUUGCCGCUGGUUGCUUCAUCUACCUAUUCAACACCUUCGUGCCUAUCGGCUUCUUGGGUGCCAACUUCCUGUACUGCACCGAGAUUGCACCCAUCCGUCUCCGCAUGGCCAUGUCUUCCAUCUCUACUGCCAACCACUGGCUCUGGAACUUCAUCGUUGUCAUGGUCACCCCCGUUGCCCUCAAUACGAUCGGCUACCAAUACUACAUUGUCUACGCCGUCAUCUCGGCCUGCAUUCCCGUCAGCGUCUACUUCCUCUUCCCCGAGACUAUGGGCCGCAACUUGGAGGAGAUCGAAAUGCUGUUCAAGGACUCUCCUUCCGUGUUUGCCACGGUCAAGUUCGCCAAGAACCGACCUAUCGCUAUGCCCCAGGAGUUCGAGAGCGACAAGCCAUCACAAAAGGCCGACUACGUUGAGAAGCAGACCGAUGACUCUGCGUAA